CCAGUGCUGAUUGAACCGCUUGAGACGUAUCUUGACACGCAGAGCCCAACUUGUACCCAAUGCAACGGGGGACGUGGUCCUCUCUCCUCUCCUCCUCCUCCCUCUUUACCCGUCCACGUCAAAGCCUCUAGCAACCACGACAUCGAGCUUGAAAAAGAGCCAUGGGAGAUGCAGGCUGUUCCCAAUGCAGAAGGCCAGCUCAUCAUUGCGGCUUCUCCGGCCUGUGCUCCACGGUCUCAUGGCUCUCACCGUCACUUAGACGCAGUUCUCUCCAUAGAUUUGUUUGCAGUACUCGAGACCGGUGACGGAAUCUCCAGCCCGCUAAUGUCGCCCGUGCUUUCAGCCACUCGUGUUCUUGAGACCCAUAUCACUGACACUGACACAGAAAAAAAAGGACCCAGCCUUUUGCUGCUUCAUGUGAGUUGUUUGCGCUAG